UGACCGCAUAUAGAAAGUGCGGGUAGGAAAUUCUUCAGUCGAACAGGUUGGGGCUGGGCUUUUUGUAAACGCGUACGUGGUGCAUGUCUGUUUCUGCAUCGCCCAAAACUUUCCAUUUUGAAGUUUUUGAUAUUCCAGGAAAUCUUUGGGGAAAGAGAUUGUCUCGAGUGAGAAUCAUACUGGGGUAAAACUACCGUCUUCACGAUGGAGAUAUGUAGGUGAACAGAGACCCCAGUGCCUUAGUCUUGGAGAGCAAAAUCUUGGCCUGAAAUUGGAGACUUUUGAUUCUGUCAAAAGUGGAUGCCGCUUACCCCCGUGAAGUGUGCGUUGCGUUGCAGCUGUUAACCAGUGGAUGCUUUGCUCAAUGUGUUUGGGUACACAACAACUCCUAGUCGAUCAGCGGUGCAGUCGUCUGAUUUCACCCGAAGGUGAGAACCUACUGAUGAUUGGGAUUAGCAAUCACCUCAUCUGAUGUAGUGAAACAUCACCCACUGAAGAGGGUAACGAAUAGACGAAUGUGACGCUGCCUGGUGCCGCAUCCAAUAUUCCUGUCAUUCAAGGGUCACCUUCAGCUGUUUCAAUGACGAAGAACAAUAGGUGUUCACCAGACAACGGGUCGAGUCACGGGCUGACGGCUGGCCCCCAAGGCCAGGCUUUUCCCAAUUCGUCCCAGACUUUGUAUGCGUGAAGUUGUUUGCAUAUUUUACACGGACGAGUCGGCCCUGAAACUAUUGACAUUGGACAGUUUCGAAUCAAUACUGCUUAGUGGAUUCUGAUUGUAAAAGUUGAGACUUCUGAAGACAUAAAUCAUAUCUGACUUUACACUUGCAAAGUCAUCAAGGAACAUUAACAAAAUGGCGGUUCGAGUGUGUUGGUAUGGUAUUUUUGUCGGCGUUCUUCUGCUCGUCAGUUAUCCGGUAGACGGUGACGUGACGGUGCAGGUCGACGCAUCAACGAGCCACCCCAUGGAGGGCCACUCCACCUCACUGAGCUGCCGAGUCCGAAGCAUGAACCAAUCCCAAGUAAUCGUCUGGAGCAAGGACCGGAGGUCCAUCACGUGGGGAGACACCAUGGGCCAGAUGAUGUCGUCCAGAUUCGAACUAGACAUGGAGAGCAGGAACACCUCUGAGGGGAUGUUGACCAGUUACAUACUGACCAUUAACGACGUCACCAGAGACGACGACGGGAGUUACGAGUGUGAGGUGCUCCAAGAGAACGAUGGGUACGGUUACUCGGCAAUGGCGUCGAAGGCUGUCCACCUGUCGGUGUUGUACUUUCCGUCUAGUGUCUAUCCAUACUGCUCGCUGAACGGGAGUCAGACUCUUCUGACUGGGACCGAGCUGACUGUAACCUGCACCUCCGAGGUUGGCAACCCGCAGAUCAUCUCCGAGUGGAUGACGGGUGAUGACACCGUUCCAUCGCCGAUGUAUCGCAACGUCGAGUCCUCCAGCAUGAUGGUUUCCGAACUCGCGUUUACAGCAAGUCAUGAUCUACAGGGUGCGACGUUUGUCUGCCGAGUGACCAGCGAGGCAUAUCCCGAAACUUACCGGACCUGCUCACUGGGACCACUCCGGAUAAUGGACUGGCCGGUCGUAGAUGUUACGCGCAGUCUGGAGAGGGUUACAGAAGGAGCCGACAUUCAUUUCCUUUGCAGCACUGAUCCUGUCAUGCCCUCGUUGAAUUGGGAGACCAUCCCGAGUAUCGACCCGGAGAGAUUGAAUGUUAUGGACGGCGGCGCGAUACUGACGGUCAAAAAUGUACAGCUGGGAGACAACAUGACCAGCGUGAUAUGCCGAGUGCCGUACAGGGACACAUACGUAGAGAACCGGAGUACCCUUAUCCUGCCCGCCAAACCACACGUGGAACCAACUCCAUCACUUCAUGCCACAUCAGAGCUUUGCGUUUCGUGGUUUGCGGCUUUCCUCUUCACGGUUGUCAUCAGCUUUGUCCUGUGCAUCAUCAUCGUCCGGUUGCUCAUGAAAAUCAAACUGCUGACUUACAAACUAAACAAUUCCAAAACUGUCGAGCGGGGCCGUGAGUCCGUGCGUAGCGUCGAUACGGGGACGUCUAGAAGUCUAAAGAAGGACAGUGUACUUACCUGGCCGGCCUCGCUUCGUAGCAGUUCCUCAAACUGGUCCAUGAGGUCUGAUAAAGAACUGAAGGACCAGAGGCGCCAGUCCUGGGUCUACAUGCCUCCUCCAGGAGAUGACCUUAGUUCUGCGAUGGCAGAACCAACAACCUACACUGAGCUCUCACCAGAUCCCGCGGACAGAACCAAAUCGUACAGGAAGCCACGUAAGACCGUCUCACUCCAAGGAAUCCACCUCUCAGACAGCGACUAUUACGUGACACCAAAUUCACAUUCCAAACCAAUGGCCAAAUCAGCGUCUGCAUCACCGCAGAAAAACUACAAGAAAUCUGGGAAGGCGGUGAUAAGGGCGUCGCCGACUAAAACCCCGACAUCACAGCCGGGCAAAAACUCUAAAAGGGGAGACAUCGGGACGGUCAGCGAAAGAGUUCCCAUGAGGCAGUCCAGUGUGAUCGAGAUGUCUUCAUACAUGGACCUCGACGAGCAAACUAAGGACUUAUCCCCCAAAAGGCAGACAUAUCAAGCCCUACAGAAGACGCCAAAUUCCUCCAGGUACGUUUCCAAACCACUGAAAUCUUCCCUGAAGAAAACCACUGAGAAAGCUUCGUCCGUGAAGAAAUUCAGCGCGGAUGACAUGAUGGGUGACAGCGGGAUAUACGGAGAAAGUGGAUUGUACAUGAAACAAGGAGAGGGAGACAUUCCAUCUACCGACUCUGAAAUUAGCAAACCAGCUCAACGACAAAAUUCCAUGAUGGGGGAGAGCGCAUCGUACAUGCCGCUGGGUACUGUGAAGAGCAAGCGUGCCACGGCACAGAGCAGCCGCAAUCGCCGCUCAGGAACACUGAGCAGUGAGAGCAGCACAGACGCACGCGAUACUCGCUCAGGCUAUGAGGUGCCUCCUGAUGCGGGAACAACAGAUGAUUACAUGGGGGAGGCGGUCUACGAGAAAUCCCUCGACACCAAGGAUGGCGGGAAAGGUCCAGCUCGUGGUCAAUCUCGGGCAUCCUUGUCUUCAAGUGCACCCAUGCCGAAUCCCAGCGCUCGUGGUCGAAAAGGUGCAGAUUCGACGUCUUGCGAGAGCCCUUUUUCGUCAGAGAACGGCAAGAACCCAGUGUAUUUCACGUUGGAGCAAGACAACUAUGGCGCCGACAUCAGUUCCGAAAGCGAGUCCUACCAAGGGCCCGAGUCCUACCAAGGACCCGAGACCUACCAAGGGCCCGAGACCUACCAAGGGCCCGAGACCUUUGACAGGAAUCCCACCGGCAAACCCGCCAAGUCCGCACCAGCUCGCAAGCAUUCGUCAACCUCCGAGACAUCCUAUCUGGACCUCACCGACGCCGAUGGAGAGAUUAAAGGCUACAUGGACAUGACUAAAGCUAAACCUAAGCAACUCAAGGCGCCCUCAACGGUCACCAAGAUGCCACCGAAGGCCGUCAAGGUGCAGCCAAAGAUCACCAAACAGGUCAGCCUAUCAGAUUCCGAGUGCUCCUCUAAUGGAUACUACCUACCGAUGGAGGGCGAUCAACGGGUCAGCGAGUACGCCGUACCGCCCUCCAACCAGCUGAAGCAACUGGUCAGAGAGAGCGACCAAAAGGAUGUGAUCGGCUCGAUGGAAUCUCACGCGGUGCCGCGCGUCGAGCGCAAACUGAGAAAGAAAGGCGGCUGGGGCAGAAUAUUCAAGAAGUGACAAAAAACUGCAGGAAGCGAACAAUAAUCAGGCCAUUUUAACUGCAAAACCGGACCAUUAGCCUUCCUUUAAAGGCAUAUAGGAACAUGUUCAUCCAGAUUAUUAUCAAAACCUUAUUUGUACAGGUACUAAAGACCCCUGUGAAAUUAUUUCUUAUGGUUUACUGUCACUUCAGAAGAAAUUGCAAAAUGUAGCUGAUUGCCAAGGAUCAUUCCAUUUGACUGAUCGCUGGAAAAGUGUUUUACGUUUCGUGAACAAAAAGGUUGUGCAUGCAUUUUGUGGGUUUCUUUUUUUUGGGGGGGGGGGGGUCUGAUUUUUUGAAAAGUGUAAAUUCCACCGAACUGAAACUUCAACGGGUUUAGCUUUACAAACAUUCCUCUUUGGAUGGUGAAUGUUGUUACUGAAAGCCAACAAAAUGCAUGAAAAGCAAAUGAUCCUGUAUGCCAUUAAGUACUUCUGAUUCACCAUGUCAUUGCCCAAUUUCAUAGCGCUGCUCAACGGCCGACUUUGUGCUUACCGAGCCUCCAUCUAUUUCAUAGGGACCGUUAAGCAGUAAGCGCAGCAAAAGCACGCUAAAUCCCAGAGGAAAACUUUGCUUAAAUCAGUGACGUAACAAUAGAAAUGCGUGCACAACAGUUAGCAUGAAAUAGUGCUUAAGCAGCAGCAUGAUUUUCUGCUAUCGUAAGCACAACUUUUCUGCUUACUGUUAAGCAGUGUUAUGAAAUUGGGCUGAUAAUCAUGGCUCAAACGAUCAACAGCGGAGCUUGAUAUUAAAUAUUAUACUUUUAUUUCAAAAAAAAUCCCGCACUUAUGUGUAACCUCAACCCAUUACUAAAUGUACAUUGUUUAAUGCUAAUGUACAUUCUAAUUAAUGAACAAAAAUUAACUUAGUAUGGAUGAGUUUUGUAUUAAUAUGAAGACCAUUUUGCCCCUCUUUGUAUAAGCUAGGCCUUUUUAUAACCGUGAGCCUUUUAUGUAUUUCUAACUUUUACAAUGACCAUGUAUUUUACAAUUUUUAUCUUAUCAAUGUACCAUCGUUCACUGUCCAAUAUAAAUUUGUAAUGACGUGCAUAUUUCAAGUGCUUAUUUAUGUAUAUUGGCUGCAUGUACUCAGAUGUGGAAAAAUCUUUCCUUUUAUAAGGCAAAGUACAAAAAAACAUGUUUAGCGUCCUGCCUUUUUGAAGCGGGAAGCCCUUCCCCCCUCUAAAUUGGCCGCCUAACCGGGGUUUUUUUUUCAAGAUGGUGUUAGUUUUUUUUUUUUUUUUUUUUAAUGGCCGCCAUCACGGGACUCAGGAAAUGACAUACAUGUACCGGCUUUAUAUGGGCUAUAUGCAACAAGGAGCCAAAAUGAUAUCACUGUAAAAAAUAAUUAUCAUUUUUUUUUCUGUUU